ACACACAUUAAAACCUCAAAUUACUGUGUGGAGUUCACUUCUACUACAGACCAUCGUUGUGAUAAUGUGAUUUAUUAAUAUUACUGCAGUCGCGAAGGGUUCAAAUUCAUACCUCCGUUCUAUCAAUGUACUUUGAUUUGGUACACAUGGGGUUAAUCAGUGAAACUCUCUCGCUGCUAAUUCCAGAAGCUCUGCCUUAACGGAGUUAGCUAAUUGAUUUUUCCCCUUUCUCUUCAAAAAAUCACAUUGCAUACCAUCAUGUGACUCCAUUCUCCCAUAACUUUUAAUGAGGACUGAUUAAAUUCUCAUGAAGCAUGCGACUGUGCAACACGAUUAUACUCAAAGCACGGUGAGGAUUGGAGGAUUUCUUGAUAUCUCAUAUUUGAUUGGCUACUUCGAUGUCUAUCGUUCCUACUCGAUCCGGCCUAGGUUGUCAAGAUUAUAUGCAGUGGAAAUCCAGUAUAAAAAGUUUUAUACAUUGGGUUUUUAUUUCUUCAUUUUUUUAGUCCAAUACUCGUCUUCCCUUUUCUCUUUCCAGACUUUAAACGACUUUUUGUGUAAAUGGCAGGAGAAUUAAUAAUAUUUUCCCAUGGGAAAAUGAGAGGGCACCUCACUUUGUCACUCAUCACAGUGGCACUGCUCGCUUCAUUCGGCUCCUCCAUGCUGUAUGGCUACAACCUAGCAGUGGUCAACUCCCCCACGGAGCAUAUUAAAGAGUUCUACAACAGAACGUGGCUGAGUCGCAACCACACAGAGCUGAGCGAGGAGACCCUCACACUCCUGUACUCGUUUACAGUGUCAGUGUUUGCCAUCGGGGGGCUGCUCGGAUCCCUGCUGGUGGGCAUGCUUGUGACGAAGUUCGGGAGAAAAGGGACAUUGGUGUACUGCACAGUGCUGGUCUUCAUUGCGGGGGGUCUGAUGGGCUUCAGCCGGAUCUGCCACUCCCCGGAGAUGGUCAUCAUCGGGAGGUUUGUUACGGGGAUCCAUUCAGGGAUCUGCCUGAGUGUGGUACCAAUGUACCUGGGAGAAAUCGCUCCUAAAAACCUGAGGGGCUUCCUGGCUCUGGUGCCGAGUAUCUUCAUCUGUCUGGGAGUGUUUUUAGCACAAGUCCUAGGGCUCGAAGAGCUGCUUGGAAAGGAGGCGUACUGGCCCCUGUUCCUGUCUCUGGUGGUGGUGCCAACCUUCAUACAGCUCAUGCUGCUGCCCUGGUUUCCAGAGAGCCCACGAUACCUGCUCAUCGAGAAACGAAACAUCCACGCCACCAUCACUUCCCUAAAGUGGUAUCGCUCCAAGUGUAACAUCCAGGCGGAGAUUGAGGAGAUGCAGGAGGAGCAGAGCUCUCUCUCCACGGUGGAGACAGUGACAGUGUUGGGCCUCAUGAUGGACAAGUCUGUGCGCUGGCAGUUCAUCUCCAUCAUCGUCAUCAACAUGGGCAUGCAGCUAUCUGGCAUAGAUGCGAUCUGGUUCUAUACUAACACCAUAUUUGCGAAUGCCGGGAUUUCCAAACCCCAAAUCCAGUACACAACAGUGGGAACUGGAGCGAUUGAGGUCAUUUCAGGACUGAUAGGGUGUUUUACUAUUGAAAAGCUGGGCAGGCGCCCAUUGAUGAUCGGUGGGUUCAGUGUUAUGGGAAUUGGCUGUGCUGGAAUUACACUCUCCUUAGUCUUACAGACCCACUUUGCCUUCAUGCGCUACAUUAGUAUUGCUUGUGUGGUGGCAAUUAUUGCUGGCUUCUGCAUAGGACCAGCUGGCGUCCCGUUUCUCAUGACAGCUGAGCUUUUCAAACAGUCUCACAGGCCCGCGGCCUACACUGUGGGGGGAGCCCUGAACUGGAUGUCCAAUUUCACUGUGGGCUUCGUCUUUCCCUUCCUGCAGAUGUCAGCCGGGUCCUUCUGCUACCUGGUGUUUUGUGGGGUCUGCGUGCUUGUGGCAGUGUAUGUUCACUUUGUCAUCCCUGAGACUAAAAACAAAACCUUCAUGGAGAUCUGCCAGAUGUUUGCCAGUAAAGAGCCCCUCCUUUCAAAAAGCCCCUCAGGCAACCCCGACGAGCUCAAACUGAAGAAGUUCAGUGGCUACGGAAUGCUGGAGAACGGCUCGGUGGAAUUGGACAGCUCUAGGUCCUACCCCUGAGAGAGAGAGAGAGGGAGAGCUUACAACUACAGCUGGACCCACCAGCACCAAAUGUUUUUGGGUGACAAAUAUGGAUAUUAUGUUAAUUUUUGUAGAUGCGAUAUAUAUUCUUACAGUAGGCUUAUCUGAACCCCACUAGCCUGAACUGACCUAUAACCUGAACCAUGCCACAGAAUGAAAUGCAUGUUGCAGCUGAAGAAAGCAAACUUCAAUAUCAUAAUUCUGUGAUGAGCGAGUAAAAGAAAUUGCAGCUGUCUCUGUUAUUUAACAAUAUCCUUAUAAAUCACUAAUAACCCCUUUAAUAAAACACAAA